UGUAAAAUAUUGGAAAUUUAGCAGACAAAAUUUUUGCAAAUCAAAAGUAUUUGACAGCAAAUGCGGUGACACUUGUAAACACGAUAAAGGCCCACAAAAGUAGUUCAGAAUGCCAGGAAUGGAAAAAUUACAUUUGGAAGAUGUACUGGAAGACAGUCCUCAGACAAGAAACCUCCUGAGAGUGUUUGAAAAUGAUGCCUUUGCAUUGAAAAAGUAUACAUUGGGAUUACAUAAUUGUUGUCAAAGAAUUAUGAAAGCACAGAAUGAAUUAUGUGCAGCAACACAAGCAUUGUCUCAGCAACUUAGAGAUUAUGAAAUACAGACUUUUCCAUUAGAACCAGAAGACAGUAUACUAACUACAACAUUAAAACAGUUUUCUAGUUACUUAGAUGAUGUAAGCUCAAUACAGCAAGUUUUAUCAGCACAGUAUUCAGAAACUAUGAUGUAUCCUAUGUCCAGAUUUAUUCAAGCAGAUCUUGAAGAAGUAUCAACCCUGUGUGAAAUGUUUCAGAUAGCAACAACUGAACAUGAAAGUGCAAUAAAGAAUUAUAUGAAAUUACCAAAAAAGAAAGAAAAUGAUAGACAACGAAUGGAGUAUAAUGAAGAAUUAUAUGGGAUGAGAAAAAAGUUUCACCAGACAGGUCUACAUUACUACUCUAGUUUAAAUGCCUUACAGUACAAAAGAAAAUGUUCCUUACUGGAGCCAAUACUGGGAUAUAUGCAUGCACAACGAGCCUUCUUUCAGAUGGGUCAGGAUGCUGUGUGUAAAAAAGAAAUAGAAGAAUUCUUAAACAACAUAAAUGCUAGUGUACAAGGUGUACAGAAAGAACUACAGCAAGAUACAAAGAAAACAGUAGAUCUGAUAGAUACAUUAGAACAACAAAGUGUGCAGCAAUACCAUGCUGAACCUAAUCCUGAAAUGCCAUAUAUACCCCCAAAUACUCAACUGGCACAAAAAGGGGGAUACUUGUUCAUACGCAGUAAACAGCUGAUAGCCACCAGAUGGGACAGGUGUUUUUUCUUCACCCAAGGUGGGAACCUAAUGUGUCAACCAAAAGAUGAAGUGAAGAAGACUGUCUUACAAGAAGUGGCUGGUAGCUUAUCGUUAGAUUUAAAUGAACCAGGCGUGUUGGCAGAACCUUAUGAAACAGAUGAUAGAAGAUUUGUUUUCCAUGUAUCGUCACCAAAAUUAAGAAAAUCAGUUGUAUUACAAGCUGAGAAUGAAAGAGAAAGAGAUGAGUGGAUAUGUACAAUUAACAACAUAGUAAGAGAGAGUGGCUAUGUUAAAUCAAAGUCACCACAGCAGCAGCAAGCCGUCAAAGAAAGAACACCUAGCACAACUAGCAGUACAAAAGAAUCUGGUGGCAGUAGUCCAGACAUGGCCAAUGUAAACAGUUCAGCAAGUUUAGGAUCACCGCAUGCUCCUAAACCAGCACCUGCAACAAAUGAUAUGUUGUUAUCUGAUGUUCCUAUACAGUUUGAUCUUCAACCUUCUAUUGAUGAUAUAACAGAUGUCACUCCUAAUCUUCAAGGUCCACCAAAGAGAAUAAAUCCAUUUGACCAGACCACUGGAGAAGUUUUAGAUACUUUAGACUCGGCAAUAGCAGAUUCCCAUUAUGUAGAAAGUUUUGUUGUCAGAUUUUUAGGUUCAAUGGAAGUAAAAGCAGAUAGAGGAGAACCUUUAGUAUUAGAGACAAUGAGACAGAUAAUGGCAGCAAGGGCAAUACACAAUGUGUUUAGAAUGACAGAGUCUAGAUUAGUAGUUUCUAGUGAUAAUAUGAGGUUGAUAGAUCCAGCUACUAACAUUGUACGAACAGUAUUUGCAUUAGCAGACAUAUCAUUUUGGGCAGCACACAAUGAAAACAAAAGGUUGUUUGGUUUUAUAACCAGAAACAGACAAACAGGUUUACCUAAUCCAUCCUUUGCUUGUCAUGUGUUUGAAUGUAACGUAUCAGCAGAAGAGAUAUGCAGUGCCAUACAAACAGCAACCAAACUUGCCUUUCAAGCUUUAAUGCCUUCUAACGACCCUUCUUUAGCAGGUGAGAAAAAAGCAGUGGAAAAGAUUCAGAAGGUUAAAGCCAAGGAAAAGAACAUUUUAUUGCAAAAUAUUCAAAAUCUUGAAGAUGCUGAUUCAGAUGAAGAACUUAACAAACUGCCUCUCUCACCAGACGGCAAAUAUUUGGUGCUUACUGCAACGGAGGAUGAUGAUGAAAUGUUAGAAGAUACAAAUUAUGUAGACACACAGAUGACUCAGCAAGUCAAGGACCUAGUUGUAACACAAGAAGAGGAAGGAGUAGAUGACUCGGAAGCUUGAAUUAGGGGCAUUUUAUAUUUUGGUGAAAAUGGGGGAUUGAUUUUGCUUAUUAGUAUGUUUGGGUAUUUGGAAAAGAUUAUCUUGUCAUAUUUCUUAUUGCAAGCUUGUGUAAAUUGCAACAGUUGAAUGAACUGUCAAUAAUGAACCAUUGAAAAAUAAUGUUCAGAGUACUUUGGAUUUAUUAUUAUUCGUUAGAUAUCAGUUUUCGUGGAUUUAAUGGGUAUACGUGAACAACAAACUUAAAUAUUCAUUAAAGUAUACAUUUUCCAUUGACCUUUAUUCUGGCUUUGGCAAAACCACGAAAUCAAAUAUCUACAAAAUUACAACUUUUCCUCAAUCCAUGAAAAUUGGUACCCAUGAAAAUAAAUUAAUUCACAGUAUACAAAGAGCUUCUUACACAUUCAAAAAUGAAGUUUCUAGGAUCAUGAAUGGGUUCAGAUUGUAAACAUUUGUUGAAUUUUUAACUACUGUAUUGCUUGAUACAUUUUGAAAAAUAGAGAAUUCUAUUUUAUUCCAUGCUAAUGAGAUUACUCAUUUGAAGAUGAUUUACAGUUCAGUAUCUUUUUGAAACUUUAUAAAAAGUAAUACUAAAUGAAUAAAAUUAUUGACUGAUUUGAUAAAUCCUGUGGAAAGAAAGGACCAAAAAAAUUCUUAAGUGCAGAAUAAAUACAAAUGAAUAUAUAAGCAGUAUUGAACUUUCAUUAUUUGAUAAUAAUCAUUUGCUUGCUCUAUUUAAAUACUCCUGCCAAAAUCUCAAUCUAAUAUUGCUUUUCUUACAAAAAUGUCAGACCUGUGAGAUCAAUCUUAAUGUUCUUGAAAAUGUUGCAAAAAAAAAAACACAAAUUGAUUCAUAAUUAAAAAGCACCAGUUUCAAGUUACAUUAAGAUUCUAAAGUAGCCUGUGAAAAAGUGAUUCUAAUGAAAAAUGAAAAUUAUAUAAUUCGCAUCUUUGAAUUUUAUGUAGUAAUCUUGGAAAUCAUGCCUGUACAACCUUCUUCCAAAUCAAAAUGUAAGAGAUGUAAUCUUUUAUAUAAAAUAAGAAGAUGUGGCAUGAUUGCUAAUGAGACAACUCUUCACCUGAGACCAAAUGACAUAGAAGUUUACAACUAUAGGUCACCUAUAGUUGUUUGUGUUUCAGUCUUGUUAUAAAGUCAUAUAAAUAAAACUGCAGUCUCUACUAAAAGAAUUUCUAUCUACUUUUCGUGCUUUAUAAAGAUUCACAAGCUUUGGUGAAAUGGGGCAAGGUUUUACAUUACAAUUCAUAUUUAAGGUGCAAGAACGAAUGUCCUUAUGGGGUGGUAAUACUUCAGUAUAAAAUUUUUAUUAGCCAGAAGGAGAAAAUACUGAUUUAAAUUUCUGGUCUUUCUGUAAGUAGCCAUUAUUUAUUAUGUGCAGCAUUCAGAAAAAUCAACUUUUCACUCAAUAACACAUUAAUUGGUCAUGAAUAUGAGAUGAUUUGUUGUAACACAGUCCAUUUAAGUGCAGGCUACUCUAAACUACUAAUAAUUGUUUAAAUUGAGACAGUUUUUAAUCUCUCUUGAACUAAUAUGAAUGACUGAUAUUGCAAGUUUACACAAAAAUUAUAUUUUGAUGACCAUGAGUUAAAUAUUUAAAAAAAAAAAGGUAUAAAAUUAUCAACAUGAAGAACUGUCUAUCUUUUAUAUGUUUUUACAUUAAUGGGUAGAACUUUAAGUUACAGAUAUCUUAUGUUUCAUAGUUGUUAAAUUUUUGAUCACCCAUUUACAAUGGUUGUUUCUUUGUUUUAUUUAGUGGCAUUUAAGACUUAUUUGUUACUUUAUCUUUCAAAAGGUUGAAAUAUUGUCUUAUUUCUUAAGCAUUUGUCAGCACUUUAAUGAGAGAAAAACACACAGACUUUUAAUGAUCUCUCUACAUGAUUAAAAGGUUGAUAGUUUGAAUGAAUGUAUAGUAUAAGUAUAGUAUAGUAUAUAUUUAUGAAACGUGUACUAUUCUUUUACCAUUAACUCUGUGACACAAAAAAUAAAAGUUGUCUUUUUUAGAUAUAGACAGCUAAGCAAUACUAAAACUAUAAUUUUAUUAUGAAUUUAUUAUACUAAUAUUUAGAAAAUUUCCAAGUUUUUAUUUUGCUAUGUUUUAAAUGUUAUUUAUCAUUAAGAAAAAACUACAACAAUAUCUAAAUGAAUUGGAAUUAUUUCUAAAUAUCAAAUCUGUUUUUUGCAUUUAAAAAAAAAAAUUCUUCACAUAAUGAUAUUGCCAAUGUUGUUUUGUUAUAAGAAUUAUAUUGUUGUUUUGUAAUCCUCACCUACACUAGACAGGGGACAUUAUGUUUUCUGGUUUUGAUUCUGUUCUUCAGUUCUUUGUUGUGUAUCAGGUUAACAUGGAAAUGUGAAAGUGAAAUCUACAUUCUUGAAAGGUUAACAUUUUUUUAUUAAGGUAGCCUACCACAAAGUUGUUGUCACGUUAAAUCUAAAUUUAUUACACAUUUUCAUUAUGAUAUGAACUUUUUAAAUUAUGAUUUCAUUGUUCACUGAACAUGGAAAUGUUAUAGUGCAAGCAGGCCAUAGUAUCUAUGGACACAUAUUCUUGUUUAAUGAAUAUGAUUUAAAUAUCCAACAAGCUCUGUUUAUCAUUGUCUCUUUGAAUCAAAUUUUAUCAUUUAAAAUGAUAUACAAGGGUUGCUUUGGUUUUCAAAAAAGUGCUUUUUAUUUUCAAGUCUUGAUGAUUAAUCCUAUUUUUUUCUUUGCGUUUAUGGAUUGAAGUUAUGUUUGUAAGUGAAUUCAGUAUGUAGCAGUUUACUUAAGAUAAUUUUGCAAAAUGAGUCAUUUUAAUGUAGAAAUCGUGUUUGUUUGUUCUUUUUUUUUUAAAAUUAAAUGAUUUAAAAAGUUGAAAUCAAUGUUUGCUAGGCCUGAUGCCUCCACCAUUCAUUAAUUUAUAUGUUAUGAUAAGACCAUUUCAUUUUAUCACUGUAGGAAUUAAUGUGUGCUAUGCUAGAUGCUAGAUUCACAUUUUUUCAUUUGAUUUAUUGCUAUGUUAUUUAUUACACAAUUUUAAUUUAUGAUUUUGUCAGAUUGAAAGAAGUCAUUAAUAUUGGCAAAGGGAAUCCAGCAUGAAAAAAAUAUCAUUGUAAAAAAAAAACAAUGAUAUUUUGAUAACAAUGUCUAAUCACCUAAGAAAUUAUUUAUUUUCUACCAAGUAGAUUAAUGUAAAAGUUUACUUUGAAUUCUGUUUACUCUUGACCAUUGACACAUAGUACAAUAUGUGAAGUACCCACCAACUGUGCUGGAGCUACUCUUAUUAUUCACCAUAGAAAGUCAUACAAUUAAAAUAUAUAUCAUUUUGAUAUUUUUUAUUUCUUUUAUGAUAUGUGAAGUGAAGUGAAAUUCGGUAUUUUUAAUGUCUUUAAAUUUAUUUUAUUUGCAGUUAGUUCUAUGUCAUAACAUCGAAGAGAAUGGUCCCUUUUCAAACUCCACAAACUAAACUAUAAAAGAGAUUUAAAUCAAUACUAACAUUUCUAUAAUAAAGAUUCUUUAAAAAAUCUUGAUUUGACAAAGUCAGAAUUUUUUUACCUUACUCAAAUGUUUUUCAAAAUUUAAUGUCAUAUUUGAUACAAGGAAUUGAAAAAAAACCCCAAAAAACAACUUUUGUUCAUGAUGCAUGUUAAAACAGAACAGAUCUUGAAGGGGGAGGUAACGUAUGCAAAAAGGCAUGAAAUGUCAUUGUUUUAUGUUUAAAUGUCAAGGCGUUAUGUUUAAACAGAGUUCAAUGUUUCCUUAAAACUUUGUUUUGUGCAAUGUAACAUAUUUAAAGAUGUUUAAUCCUUUUAACUUUAUAGUAUUAGUUAAGUAUAACCAUUUUAUAGAGUGCCAUUUGGAAUCUCAUAAGUCUAAAGAUAUAGGACAGAAUGUUGUUAAAUAUAUUUUAGCACAUAUAGCUGUGAUAGUGUGUAACUUUGAAUAGUCGAAACAUACAGACCAGAGAUUUGACUAAAAAACUGACAGAAAUAUUAAAAAUAGGAAAAUACAAAAAUGUAGACAUAACACAUCUUGUGUAGUGAUUCAUUUGUUUAUUGUCUAGAAGAUUCUACAUUACAUUGUCACAGUUCAUUUUCUUUCAAUCUGAUUAAAACAUAGAUCUUGUGUCCAUACUUCGCUUACAAGGAUCUAACAACAGUCUGUUAUACUUUCUGUUUUAACAACAUUUCAGAAUCCUCAGGUUUUCAAAUUUUAAAUUAAAUAGUUAUCAGAACAGGAAGUAAAAUGGAAUGUUGUCAGAUCUUUGUAAGCGAAGCAUGGACACAGGAUCUGUAUUUUAAGAAGACUGAUUUUCUUUAACAGAAAAAUAUACAUUACUUUAAAAGAUAUCUACAUUUUUUUGAGGCAUUUAAACUUCUUGGAGUAACUUAUAAAAUAAUCAUCGUUUCCAAUUUGAUUACUUUAAAAUCAAUGGGCAUGUGAAGGUAGAUGUUAACUAUUUGAUGCAUAAUUCUGCACAAUGUUAAUUAAAUCCAUAUUAUUUAUUAAUCACCUUGAGUUAAAUAUUGAUAUAUAUAUAUUAAACUGUGAUAUGUAUAGAUUUGUACAUAAAUCAUUGUUGCUAGAGAAAGGUGUGUGUUUAUAAAGAAGUUAUUAAUAAACUUAUCUUACAGACA